CCAAGUUUUUAUUAAAAUCCCAGCCGUCAUUCUUACAAGAAACAACAGCUUGACUGAAAUCAGAAAGUAUAAUCGCAUGAUGGGAGGAGGUUUACCAAGAAAAAGUGUGAUAAUGGCAGUCGGAGCAUUCUCAAAAUUUGUUGCAAAUAUAAUGAAUACAACUUAUGUUCAUAACGCCGACACUCUUGUUAAUUUAGUCCGAUCACGCCCUCCCGGUGUUCCUCUCAUCACCGUGAGCAAUCAUAUGUCAACGUUGGAUGAUCCUGUAAUGUGGGGAUUUAAGGGUUUUCCAACAUGUAAUGCUGACCUUCAAAGAUGGGUACUUGCUGCUGAAGACAUUUGCUUCAAAAACCCUCUCUUUUCGUAUUUUUUCCGGCUUGGGAAAUGUAUUCCAAUUACUAGGGGCGGUGGAAUUUAUCAAGAACAUAUGAUGGAAGCUAUUGAUCGGUUAAGUAAUGGUGAAUGGCUACAUACAUUUCCUCAGGGAAAAGUCUACCAAGAAGAUGAACCCAUAAGACGAUUAAAGUGGGGAACUGCCAGUCUCAUUGCCCGUGCCUCUGUAACCCCAAUAGUCUUGCCAAUUAUCCAUCAUGGUUUUGAGAAGGUGAUGCCUGAAAGAUAUAUUUUUAAUAGGCGGCCUCCUUUACCACUAUGGAACAAGGACAUAAAGAUAACUGUUGGAGAGCCAAUAGAAUUUGACAUUGUCAAGUUGAAGCAGAAAGCUCUAUCAACGUCUAAAAAUUUACCUUCUUUCACUAGCAAGGGUUGGCCGCGUUUGGGGCCAUUAGAUGAGGCUGCCCAAAGAUACUUAUACAUUGACAUUUCAGAACGCAUACAAACUAUCAUGGAGAGCUUAAGAGUUACCGGUGAGAUGCCAAAGGCAUGAGUUUUUUAGAUUUGUAUGCCUUCGGAUCCCCAUUUAGUUGAGCCUGAUUUAAUGCAAACAUUGAGUAGUAGAAAUAAUUAUUUGUUUAUUUAAUCUGUAAUUGUCAUUAUGGUUAAUGACAAGUCGACAAUUAGGUUAAAGGGAAUUUGUUGGUUGUAAUAGUUGUACUUGCACAAUAAUCCAACAUCGAAGUGCAUGUUAGCUGUUGGCUAAGGUCAAUUGCUGGCUGUUAUAUGUUGUGAUAAUGUAUCGUUUUUGAGAGAGUUUAA